AAUGGUACUCUAGACAGACACCCGAGUUACCAACUUGAAAUUCUGAGUUGGAUGCACGUUCAAAACGAUUUUCCAAGUCCGCGGAGCCCGAUUAUUAUGUUGUUGUUUUGUUACAGUUUCCGAGUUCAGUUAUUUUGAACAUAAUGCCCGAGAAGCUCCGAUUAGACCUCCCGUUAGACGGCGCUGCACGCGUUAUAGUGUCAAAAUACAUUCGUUAUUCGCCGAUUAACUGUCUUCAUUUACUCUCGUUGUGUACUUCCAAAAACAUUUACAUGCCUUUUUUGCACUUCCAAUGUAUUGAGCUCAUAUAGACUUAGUUAGAAAGUUGUUCAGCGAAACUCCUGUUUUGUGUUUGUGAAUAACAAAUGCGUUUUUACAUUAUAACGCUUACAGAGCUAUCUAACGGAGUCCGAGCUUCCUGGGCGUUAGAGGGAUUCACACGCUGAUCUGCCACCAUGGCCCAAAAGCUGGUGAUAAUAGACACAGAUGCAGGUAUAGAUGACGCCCAGGCGAUAAUGAUGGCCCUGGCUGCUCCAGGCCUGCAGAUCCUGGGGAUAACAUGCUGCUUCGGGAAUACUGAUGUGGACAACGUCUGUCAGAAUGUGCUGCUGGUGCUGUCUGUCUGUGAACGCACACAGAUCCCAGUGUUCCAGGGAGCCGCUGGUCCCCUGGUGGGGGCCACCAAGGCUUUCAGCGACCACUUUGGGACAGACGGGCUGGGAGACGUGCUGGAGGAUAGAGACCCACAGUGGAAGGAGAAGCUCCAGACAGAACAUGCUGUUACUGCCAUGAUCAGACUGGUGGCUGACAACCCUAAACAGGUGUCCUUGGUGGCUCUUGGGCCGCUCACCAACCUGGCUCUAGCCGUCCGACUGGACCCUUCCUUCCAACAGAACCUGAAGGAGCUCAUCGUUAUGGGAGGCAACAUGGAGGGUAAAACGUCACAGUCAAUCAUAGACGAUACGGUUGUUUUCCAAGUGCAUCUCAUUCUCUAUAUAGUGCACUCCUUUCUAACAGGGCCCAUAGGCUCUGGUCUGGACACUGCAUUAACAAACCUCCAAAUGAGCUUCAACGCCAUACAACUCUACUUCCUGGCCUCCAACUGCUCUUAA